ACGUCUUAUUGUCAACAACAGCACGAAGGAAUAAGUAGUAAAAUGGCAGCUGCUGUAAGUACAAAUGAGGCUCAAAUGUCUGAGUCGGAAUCACCGAAACUUUCCGAUUUAUUAGAUCGUGGAUGGAAUUUGUUCGAUGAUGUGGACAGCACAAACGAACCUACUGGAUCCAACCAAAUACAGGUUAAAGUCAAGCGUGGGAUUAUGCAGUUAGAGGAAGCAACGCGAAUGGUAACCCAGCUCGACUUAUUCAGUCAAAAUGAAGAACUGGAGGAAAUUGCUACUGCAGAUCUGAAGUACCUGAUGUUACCUGCACUUCUUGGGGCCCUGACUAUGAAGCAAGUGAAUAUGGCAAAGCGGCUGGAGCAGGUCCAGAGUGCAAGGGUCUACUUUUUGGACUUCUUGAAAAGAUGCAAAGACUACAGAAUAAUGAAAUUUGAACUUCCCAAAACAAACGACAGUUCUGCCAACACACCAGAGGAAGAUGGGAAUGGCCCAGCGCCAUCUUUCAACCCUCCGGAUUUGAUUGCCAUGGCAACACAGAGACAAGCAAAAAUCGAAAGAUAUAAACAGAAGAAAGACACAGAAGCCAAGCUAACAGAAAUCAGGUCUAUCGUAGAAAGUGGGAAAGCUGAGGAUGAAAUGGUUCGCGACUUCUACCUCCUCAAUAUCAGAAAAUGGGUCACCAUUGCUUUGGAGGAAAUUGAGAGCAUUGACCAGGAAAUUGAAAUUUUGAAGAGAAUGGAUGCAUUUAAACAGAAUCCAACCAAACCAUCGCAAUUCCAGCAGAGGCCUCCAAUGAAGCCAUUCAUUCUCACUAAGGAUGCUGUUCAGGCUAGAGUGUUUGGUGCUGGGUAUCCCAGCCUACCAACCAUGACAGUGGAUGACUGGUAUGACCAGCACAGGAAGCAUGGAGCACUCCCUGAUCAGGGAAUUCCACGCAGUGCAGCUGAAAUUGACAGUGAGGAGCGGGAGAAGGAAGAAAAAGAGCGACAGAUUGAGAAUGAUGAUGAGGAGGCUUUGCAGAAAGCGCGCGACUGGGACAACUGGAAAGAUACCCACCGAAGAGGCUACGGCAACCGCAAAAACAUGGGCUGACCACAAAAACAUUUUCCUGUUCAAAAUACGAACUUUCAGAUACACCAUAUUCACAAUAAAGAACCCGCAGACACGCAAAAUAAUUAAUUUCAUUAGACUGACCAAUGAGUGGUGAAAACGGCGACAACCUGUAUUAAUGUUGCUAUUUUACCUUAGAUUAGAAACGUUCCCUGUGUCUGCUUACUUGAUCGUACCUCUUUGACUGUAAUGCAAUGCUGGAGAUGUAAAAUACUGGAUAUUUGUUCUUGAAAGUGACAGUAGUCAUGGUUGCUAUGCCCUCUUUUGGAAGAUAUUUUUUUGACACAUGGCCGGUUGUACCUUUGUUGGAAAGCCCAUGUCAUCAAUCCUUUUGCAUUUCAGACAUUAUUAUUGUGAUUAAUUAAGACCACUUCAAAGAUCAUAUGAUUUUUCUUGUAAAUGUCUCUUUUACCUGUUCCAUGGUAUGCUCAAUUUUGAAACUGGUAGUCGAGAAACUCAUUUAUCUUGUAUGUAUCACGACAGUCACUCAUAUUGCCAAAAUAUAGCAGAUGGCUCAACGGAAUUUCUAGUAAGUAAGAAGUCUACUGCCAUGCAGGAUAUAAGGAUAUGCUAUUAUAGUUUUUCUAUAUUUGGAGAAAUGGUCUCCCAUCUGUUAAGGCAUUUACUUGUGACCAGGAUAUGUUCUCCUCAGUUAAAUCAAUUUGUUUUCACCAGUUGGCUGUGAAUGGAUGAGAUGAGUCUACCUGUAACUUAUCUCUAACAGUUGGCAUGGGUGUGUCAAUUUAAUCUUCAUGUACAGUACUGUGCAAAAAAAUGCUUUCAAAAGUUAUUAAAUUUAAAGUACAAAUAUCAAAAAAUGUACAGCAGUAAACGUUUAAAAAAGGAAUCAAUAUUGUGAUACCACUUCGCCUUUAAAACUGCCUCAGUUCUCUUAGGUAAACUGUCCUACAGUUUUAUUUGAAAAUUGGCUGGUAGGUUGUUCCAAGCAAAUUAGAGGACUUGCAGUUCUUCUGCAGACUUUUGCUGUCUCAUUUGCUUCUGGGUCUCCAGGUAAUCCCAGACAGCCUUGUUGUUUUUUUGUUUUUUUAAAAAUCUGAAUUAUGGUCUAUUACUUAAUGUGUUUAUUUAACAAAAUACAAAAAUUCUCUAAUGUUUAAUUUUGGAAAUCUCAAAUUUGCUCUUUUCUAGUCACACAUGCCGAAAAAAACUUCUAAUUAUAAAUAAAUAAAAAAUAAAUAUUUAAAGAAUCUAGGGUGCCUUAGACUUUUGCACAAUACUAUACAUGUGGCAGUUUUCUUAGUCAUUACAUAUAUUGAACCAUAGUCUUAUUCUGAGCUUGUGAAAUCAUCUUCAAUCAUGGCCAACAAAGUCUACUUCUGAGCCGAAAAACCGAUCAACCCAAUUAGCUUCAUGUGAGUGGUCUUGGGCGAUCAGGCUAAGUGAUACAAUAACACUUUGAAUCUUUUAUUUUUCCGUUUACUGUAUAUUAAGAGGCCUUAAGUGGAUUUCUAGCUUUGUGUGAUGGAUAUCUUUGAGCCAAAAAGAAAAAACAGUUUCUUUUAUGAAGAUAUUCUAUUUGUGUAAUUUAAAUAUGUAAUAUUGGUUUUCUUUUGCUGGUACAUUUUUCAGUUUAUUUGUAUGCAUUUUGCAACAUGUAUUUUACAUUGUUUUGUGCAUUAAAGAGGUUACCCAAAUGUA